AUGAGUAGCAAUAAUAAUAAUAAUAAUCAUCAAAAUGGACGAUACACUUUAUUAAAUAAUAAUAAUCAUGAUAAUGAUGAUGAUGAACAACAUAUAAUUGUAAACGAUAAUAAUAAUAAUAAUAACGAAACAUAUAGAGAGAGAGGUCAAAGGACAUCAAUCGAUAAUAAUAAUUAUUAUAAUAAUAGUUUUGGAUCUCAAUCACCUCCAUACAGUGACGACAACAUGUGCGAUGAUCAUGAAAUUGGUGAUAUCGACGAGACUGAACCUUCUUUACAAGAUGAUCAACAUGUAGUUGGUGCUAAUGGCAAUAAUGUAAACAAUUCUAAUACUAGAAGGAGAAGAUGGAAAAGGAAUCCAUUGGCACCAAUAAGACAUAGAUCUAAAAUCAAAAGAUUAUUGUCAACACGUGAUGAUAGAGUACCAACAACGGUGGAAUCACAUUUAAGAAGAUGGAAAGAUAUUUAUAACCAAAAGAAAACAAUCAAACAACGAAAAGAGACAAGAUACGAUGUUAAAUUAUUACGUCGGUUGGGAUCGAUUAUAUCACUACUCUUUUACAACCCAUUGGUGCCUAUUGCACUGAUAGUUGUGUUGUUGGGAUUGGCAGUAUCGCAGACGUAUACGUCCAAGUUUACGGGAGAGUUUCUCGGGUCGGUCUAUGCAUCACUGUUUUCAGGUGACAAGCAAGAGUUUAGAAAGUCUGCUAUCAAAGGACUGAUGAUUCUCAUCUUGUCGGCAGUGUUUGAUGCCACCAUUAAAAUGCUCAAUGAUAUGUUGGCGUGGAGAUGGAGACACACCCUAGUAUUGACAAUGCAAACAAGAUACCUACAUCUGCGAGUACGUACUUAUGCCGAGAGUAUUGCUCUUCAACAUUUGGCACGUCGCAGAUCAACCGAACCAACAGCUGUAGAGGAAGCACAAACUCGUCACCAGUUUGCAGUACUCAUGCACAACAAAGUGUUUGUCAUUGGGUUCACAUAUCUUUUGAACCUCUUUUCAGACCUCUUUACCUAUCUCUCGCCACUCAUCAAUUAUUGUAUCAUAGCUAUCCCCAUCUUUCUCGGUUGGCAAUCCUCCAUAUCGUCGACCAACGUCACCGAGUUUUCCUACAACUGUAUCAUGUUGGCUAGUGGUUUCAGCCAGUACAUCAACGUCUCCACCAACAUCUCUCAAAUGUCCAGUUACAUUCAACGUAUAUCCACCAUGAUUGAAUCAUGUGAUCAACUCUACAUUAAACAACUUGAACAAGACAAGGAAAAAUUAAAUAAUAUUAAUCAUCAUGGUGGAUCAUCUCCAUCAACACCAUCACCAGAAAUGAUUCAUUCAAUUCAAUUAGAUAUUAAUAACAUUAAUAAUAAUAAUAAUAAUAAUAAUAAUAAUGUUGUUGGAAAAUUAAUUGUAAAUUCAGAUACUGAAUCAAUUAGUCUUGACAAUUUAUCUUAUUAUACACCAAAAGGAAAGAUAUUAUAUUCAAAUGUUUCAUUUAAAGUUGAAAAAGGAAAUAAUUUAUUAAUAAUGGGACCAAGUGGAUGUGGAAAGAGUUCAUUGGUUAGAGUUAUUAAUGGAUUAUGGUCACAUUAUACAGGAACUAUUACUCGACCAUGUAACAAUCGAUUAUUCUUUCUUUCACAACAACCUUAUUUGAUUUUUGGAUCUUUGGAAGAUCAGAUUGUCUAUCCCUACACUGUGGCAACUCAUAGAAUACAACCUGAUGAAUUGAGAGAAUUAUUUGAUCGAUUGUCGAUGGGAUAUUUAAUCGAUAGAGAACAAGAGAUAAAGAGACGUGGUGAUCUCAACGAUUUGACACACAAUUGGCUUAAUCAAUUGUCACCUGGUGAACAACAAAUCAUCAGUAUUCUCAGAAUGUUUUAUCAUCGACCAAUGUUUGCAAUGAUGGAUGAAUCAACCAGUUCCAUUCCACAUGCAACCGAGGAUCUUGUCUAUCAACAAUGUCAACAACUUGGAAUCACCGUAUUAUCAGUUGGACAUCGUGAAUCACUCAUCAAACAUCAUCAACAAUUAUUAUUAUUUGAUAAUGAUUUAAAUUGGUCAAUUAAACAAAUUAACCCUAAUAAUAACAACAUACCAAGUAUAACGACACAAUAA